AGUGGGUUUUCAAAGAAAAAAAGUCGCUGAAACUGUGAAGCGAAGUAAGAAGGGGGCCAGAGGUGCCUUCUCAAGGUCUAAAUAUAAAUCCUAAAGGACACAGAUCUGCGUUGAGAACUCAGAAGGAAAAAGGACUAACUUUUUGAGAAAACAUGUCAACUUCUGAAGAGACAGACGGUGUCCGACCGAGAUAUGGGUCUGUCCUGGAUGGUGUGGAGCGGCUCACUGCUGAGGAGAUGGAUGAGCGGCGUCAGCAGAACAUGGCCUAUGAAUACCUGUGCCACUUGGAGGAGGCUAAACGAUGGAUUGAAGCGUGUUUAAAUGAGGAUCUUCCGCCCACCACCGAGCUGGAGGAGGGCCUGAGGAACGGCGUGUAUCUGGCCAAGCUGGGAAACUUCUUCGCUCCCAGUGUGGUCUCUAUCAAAAGGAUCUAUGACCGCGAACAAACACGUUACAAGGCCACUGGGCUCCAUUUCAGACAUACAGACAAUAUCAUCCAAUGGCUGAAUGCAAUGACCGAUAAGGGCCUUCCUAAGAUUUUCUAUCCUGAGACAACAGACAUCUACGACAGGAAGAACAUGCCCCGCUGCAUCUAUUGCAUACAUGCUCUCAGCCUCUACCUGUUUAAACUUGGCCUUGCGCCCCAGAUUACAGACCUGUAUGGCAAGGUCGCCUUCACAGAGGAGGAGAUUAACAACAUGAAGAUUGAAUUAGAGAAAUACAACAUUCAAAUGCCAUCAUUCAGCAAAAUUGGUGGGAUUUUAGCUAACGAACUGUCAGUGGAUGAAGCAGCCUUGCACGCUGCUGUGAUCGCCAUCAAUGACGCCAUUGACCACGGAGUCCCUGAGGGUACUCUAGCUGCCAUGAGAAACCCAAACGCCAUGUUACUGCAGAUGGAUGAAAGGGCUGCCCAGCACUACCAGGACACCUUGUUCCAGGCCAAGACUGAGAAAGUGGCCAACUCCCGAAAGAGAAUUGGCGAGAAUGCUGAGGCUGAAAGGGAUGCUUACGAUGAGCUGCUUACACAGGCUGAAAUCCAAGGAAACAUCAACAAAGUCAAUCUGUCCAAAGCCUUGAAUUCGGCAGAACAGGCCCUGCUGGGUGAGGAUGAGGACAAGCUGUAUGACGCUCUCCGCUCCCCUGCGCUAGGCCUGCAGUCAGUGCAGGCUCAGAACAAGGGAUGGUACCUCAAACAGCUACUGGCCGAUCGAGAGCAGAAGGAACAGAAUGCCCCGGGAGAGCCGCUGGUGAAGGAGGAGUUACAGAGUGGAGUAGAGGCAGCCAAUUCGCAUGCAGCGGACUAUCAAAGAUUGCUGCGGGCAGUGGAAAGGAUUAAUGGUGCCAUCAGAAAAGGUGUAGCAGAGGAAACAGUGAAUGAACUGAUGAACCCAGAUGCCCAGCUGCCGCAGGUUUAUCCUAGUGCUGCAGAUCUGUACCAGAGAGAACUCGCCAGCCUGCAACAGCAGAGCGCAGAGGGCUCCUUGUCUCACCCCGAGCUGUUGGUUGCUGUGGAGAUGCUGUCCUCGGUGGUGCUGAUAAACGAGGCACUGGAUGUCAAGGACCGGGCAGCAGUGUGGAAACAGCUCAGCAGUAACGUCACCGGCCUCAGCAAUGUAGAGGACGAGUACGCCCAGAGGUAUAUAGAUGAGCUGAUACGUCUGAAGGCAGCUGCGCAUGAGGAGGGCAGUGACUAUCUCACCUGGAAUGACAUCCAGGCCUGUGUGGACCAGGUCAACGGUACUGUUCAAGAAGAGCAUGAAAGGAUUGCUGCUAUUGGUCUGAUCAACGAGGCUCUGGAUGAGGGUGACCUACAGAAGACAAUGGCUGCUUUACAGAACCCAGCCGCCAAGCUAACAGAUAUAGAUCCAUCUUUGGCCCAGCAUUACUAUGAUAUACUGCAGGAGGCAAGGAGAGAGAAGGCCCACGAAUGCGGAGAUCCUUCUGCAGUGCUUUGGCUAGAUGAGAUCCAGGAUGCGAUCAUGAGAGCCAACAAGGACUCAGAAGAAGCUCUGCAGUUCUCUCAGGCGAUCCAGGCCAUUAAUGAGGCUGUGGAUAACAAGGACUCUUCUCAAACACUGGCAGCCCUGCGUUCAUCUUCUUCUGGUCUGUAUGGAGUCACAUCUGAGUGUGCGCAAACCUACCAGGAUGACCUGUUUCAAAUUAAAGAGGAGAAGAAUAAGGAAGGGGAUAAUGGCAGUGAAUGGAUGGAACAUUGGGUGAAGGGAGGACAUAACUACUACUAUAACCUCAAGACUGGACAAGGCACCUGGGAUAAGCCUGCAGGGUUCAUUCCGAACAACACUCAGCUUAACAAGGAGGAAAUACAGUCUGUUGUGUCAGGAGUAACCACAGCAUAUAACCGAGAGCAACUGUGGUUGGCCAACGAGAGUCUGAUCGCCAAACUGCAGGCCCGGUGCCAUGGUUUUCUGGUGCGACGUGGAAUGAAAGACCGUCUUGGGUUCUUGACAACUCAGCAGCCGUCUGUUACAUGCAUACAGGCCCACUGGAGAGGCUUUAAGGAAAGAAAGAAGUACAAUAACAGGAAGCAGUACCUGAAGGAUCACUCUGAAGAUGCUGUCAAGAUUCAAUCAAUGGUCAGGAUGCACCAAGCUCGCAAAAAAUACAAAGAUCGUCUUCAGUACUUCAAAGACCAUAUAAAUGAUGUGGUGAAAAUUCAGGCUUUCAUUCGAGCCAACAAAGCAAGAGAUGACUACAAAACUCUCAUCAACGCAGAUGAUCCUCCAAUGGCAGUCGUUCGUAAGUUUGUCCACCUGCUGGACCACAGCGACCAGGACUUCCAGGAAGAGCUGGAACUGAUGCGGCUAAGAGAGGAGGUGAUCACCAACAUCCGCUCCAACCAGCAGCUGGAGAACGACCUUAAUCUGAUGGACAUUAAGAUUGGCCUGCUGGUAAAAAACAAGAUCACCCUUCAGGAGGUGGUCUCUCACAGCAAGAAGCUCACCAAGAAGAACAAGGGGGAGCUGUCCAACCUCAUGAUGAUGAACAAGCAGAAAGGAGGCCUGAAGGCUCUCAGUAAAGAGAAGAGAGACAAGCUGGAGGCAUAUCAGUUCCUCUUCUACCUGUUACAGACAAAUCCAACCUAUCUGGCCAAGCUGAUCUUUCAGAUGCCACAGAACAAAUCGACCAAGUUCAUGGAUUCUGUGAUUUUCACAUUGUACAACUACGCUUCCAAUCAGCGUGAGGAGUACCUCUUGCUCAAUCUCUUCAAAACAGCCCUGCAAGAGGAAAUCAAAUCAAAAGUGGACCAAAUCCAGGAGAUCGUCACAGGAAACCCCACAGUCAUUAAGAUGGUGGUGAGCUUUAACAGAGGAGCCCGAGGUCAGAACGCCCUUCGGCAGAUCCUGGCUCCUGUCGUGAAGGAAAUCAUGGAUGACAAGACUCUCAACAUUAAAACUGACCCAGUCGACAUAUACAAGAGCUGGGUGAACCAGAUGGAGAGUCAAACAGGAGAGGCCAGUAAAUUGCCAUAUGAUGUGACUCCAGAGCAGGCAAUGAGUCACGAGGAGGUUCGAACCCGCCUGGAAGCCUCCAUCAAGAACAUGAGGACGGUCACAGACAAAUUUCUGUCUGCCAUUAUUGUUUCUGUGGAUAAAAUCCCAUAUGGCAUGCGAUUCAUUGCCAAGACGCUGAAGGACACACUUAAUGAAAGGUUCCCUGAUGCCACAGAGGAUGAGCUUUUGAAGAUUGUGGGCAACCUGCUGUACUACCGCUACAUGAACCCUGCCAUUGUGGCUCCCGAUGCCUUUGACAUCAUAGAUUUAUCUGCUGGAGGUCAGCUUACCACAGAACAAAGGCGAAACCUGGGAUCAAUUGCCAAAAUGCUACAGCAUGCCGCCUCCAACAAGAUGUUUCUUGGAGACAACGCUCAUCUGAACCCCAUCAAUGAAUACCUCUCCAACUCCUACCAGAAAUUUAGACGUUUCUUUUUGUCCGCUUGUGACGCCCCUUCUUUGGAAGACAAGUUCAAUGUGGAUCAGUACUCUGACCUGGUCACCUUGACCAAGCCUGUGAUCUACAUUUCCAUUGGGGAGAUCAUCAACACUCACACGCUCUUGCUGGAUCACCAAGAUGCCAUCGCACCAGACCACAAUGAUCCCAUCCAUGAGUUGCUAGAUGACCUAGGAGAGGUUCCCACCAUUGAGUCUUUAAUAGGUGAGAGCCCACUUCCCGCAGAUGAUCCCAAUAAGGAAAUGAUGGGUAAGACAGAAGUCUCUCUCACUCUCACCAACAAAUUUGAUGUUCCUGAUGAGGCCAAUGCUGAAAUGGAUGCCAAGACUCUCCUUCUCAACACCAAGAGGCUCAUAGUAGAUGUGAUCAGGUUUCAGCCAGGAGAGACACUUACCGAGAUCCUGGAGAAUGUAGCUUUACCAGAGCAGGAAGCAGAGUACCAGCGUGCCAUGCAGCGACGAGCCAUUCGUGAUGCUAAGACCCCGGAGAAGAUGAAGCAAGCCAAACCAGUUGUGGAUGACAGCCUUACCUUGCAAGGCAAGAAGGACAAGAUCAAGAGCAACUUGCAAAGACUAGGAGAGUUGGGUAAAGUUCACCCUGAGAAGAAAUACCAGGAUCUUAUCAAUGACAUUGCCAAGGACAUCCGGAACCAGAGGCGAUAUCGUCAGAGGCGAAAGGCAGAAUUGGUCAAGCUUCAGCAGACCAAUGCUGGUCUGAACUCCAAGAGCACUUUCUACAAUGUGCAGAUUGACUACUACAAUCAAUACAUCAAGACCUGCAUGGACAAUUUAGCCAGCAAGGGCAAAGUUUCUAAGAAACCUGGAGACAGUAAGGCAAAGAAGAGCAAGCAGGUAUCGCAGAAGUACACAGCAGCCCGUCUGCAUGAAAAGGGAGUGCUCAUUGACAUUGAGGAUCUGCAGACAAAUCAGUAUAAGAAUGUCAUUUUCGAGAUCUCACCAUCUGAGAUUGUGGGAGUGUUUGAGGUGAAAGCGAAGCUUAUGGGAGUCCAUUUGGAGACAUUAAUGUUAGAAUACCAGGACCUGCUCCAGUUGCAGUACGAGGGGGUGGCAGUGAUGAAGCUGUUCGAUCGAGCUACUGUAAAUGUUAACCUCCUCAUUUUCCUGCUCAACAAGAAGUUCUAUGGCAAAUAGAGACUCAGAGGGACUUGACAGACUGUUGCAUACAAAGUGAAGCCCAGACCACAUGCAUCUUUACAGUUUAAAUCUCUUCUGCACUACCCUGAGUAUGCCUGUGUACAUUUUGUGCCUUUCUCGAAGGAUAGAUUCCUUGAAUGUACAUUAAUUAUACUUGUCAUAGACCACCA